AGGCUUUUAAAUUCUUCAGCCGUAAUGGCUGAAGGUGCUGCUGCCGACAUGGCUGCGCUCAGUGUGGGACAAUCGCCUGUUGCGGAGAAGAUGCCAUAUUACAAGAAGCGCGUUGAAGUGUUCGAGCAGUUCUAUGCGCGUGAAGUGGCCAAGUUAGAGGCUGCUAAGGCCGCCAACGCGCAAAUUAAAGUGAUUAUGCCCGAUGGCAAGGAGCGGUCCGCUGUUAAGGGAGUCGCCACGCCAAUGGAUAUUGCUAAGGAAAUUUCUGCUAGCUUGGCAAAAAAAGUCGUUGUUGCGGAAGUUGAUGGCCAGCCAUGGGACCUGCUUCGCCCUCUAGAGGGCGACUGCGCGCUCAAGCUCUUCAGCUUCGACGACGCUGAGGGACGCGACGCCUUCUGGCACAGCUCCGCGCACGUGCUGGGUCAGGUCUUGGAGCUGGAGUUUGGGGUGGACCUGACAAUCGGCCCUGCACUGGAUGAGGGCUUCUACUACGACUGUUACAUGGGCAACCGUACUCUCGCAGAAGGGGACAAGUCGCGGAUUGAGAAGCGCUAUGAGGCGGCGGUCAAGGAGAGCCAGAAGUUCCAGCGCGUGGUGGUGUCCCGCGACGAGGCGCUGUCCAUGUUCCAGGAGAACAAAUUCAAGAUAGAAAUUAUCCAGGGCCUCCCUGCGGACGCCACUAUCACCGUCUACCGGGUGGGGCCCAUGGUGGACCUGUGCUCGGGGCCUCACCUGCCCUCGACGUCCUACCUCAAGGCCGCCGCCGUGACGUCCAUGUCGCGAGCCUUCUGGCGCGGUGACGUCAAGCGGGAGCCGCUGCAGCGCGUGUACGGCAUCACGUUUCCGGAGCCUAAGCUACUAAAGGAAUACCAACACCGUAUUGAGGAGGCGAAAAAACGCGAUCACCGCGUGCUGGGUGUGCAGCAGGAGCUGUUCUUCUUCCACCCUCUGUCGCCUGGCAGCUGCUUCUUCCUGCCGCACGGCGCGCGUAUUUACAACACGCUGAUGAGCUUCAUCCGCGAGAAAUAUUGGAAGUACGAGUACGAGGAGGUCAUCACGCCUAAUAUUUACAAUUUCGACCUGUGGAGGACCUCCGGUCACGCAGACCACUACCGGGAAAACAUGUUUGCGUUUGAGAUUGAGAAGGCGGAGUACGGUCUCAAGCCCAUGAACUGCCCAGGCCACUGCCUCAUGUUCGCCAACCGCACCCGUUCCUACCGUGAGCUGCCCCUACGGCUGGCGGACUUUGGCGUGCUGCACCGCAACGAGUUCAGUGGAGCGCUGCAGGGCCUCACGCGAGUCAUGAGUGAGGUGCAGGGCUUCCUCAAGCUGCUGGGUGAGGUGUACGACGUGUUUGGUCUGGACUACACCAUGGCCCUGUCCACCCGCCCGGAGGGGUACCUGGGCGACAUCGAGCUGUGGAACCGCGCGGAGACCGCCCUCACAGAGGCACUCAACUCCACGGGCAGGGAGUGGGUGCUCAACCCGGGCGAUGGGGCCUUCUAUGGACCGAAGAUCGACAUCACGGUGUACGAUGCGCUGCGCCGCAAGUUCCAGUGCGCUACUGUGCAGCUCGACUUCCAGCUGCCUAUCCGGUUCGGCCUGGAGUACGCCUCCGAGAGCGGCACCCUGGAGCGGCCAGUCAUCGUGCACCGCGCUGUACUGGGAAGCGUGGAGCGUAUGUUCGCCAUUCUCACGGAGCACUUCGCGGGCAAAUGGCCUUUCUGGCUUAACCCACGCCAGGUGAUGGUGGUGCCCAUCAGCGAGAACAGUUCCCAGUACGCCUUUGAUGUGCGCCGAGAGUUACGGGCCGCUGGGCUGCACGUCGACGUGGAUGCCAGCGACCGCAAAAUGCAGAAGAAGGUCCGCGAGGCUCAGCUGGCCCAAUACAACUAUAUUCUGGUGGUGGGUGAGGCGGAGAAGGCAGAGCAGACUGUGAACGUGCGCACUCGCGACAAUGUUGUGCACGGCAUGUUCAAGCUGGAGGAUGUGAGGACGCUCAUGGUGGAGGAGCGGGACAGUCGCUCAAAGGAGAGCACGCUCAGCGGCAAGGGGCAGAAGUCAGCAGCGGAUGGGGGCGCCCCGACGGAAGACGCGUGAAGGACGGCUUCUGCUCGCUGGUUGGGGUCGAGGAGCUAUUGUCAUUUGCGCGUAGGGCUCGCAAGGUUCGCGCUGGCAUUUAUGACGGCUUCGGGCCUGCGGCUCCUGGGCAUGAGUGGUUGCUGCAAAGGAGGACAUCCAGCGGCCUAGGGAAGCGUAUCUGGCCUUGUGGAUGGAAACCACGAAGAGAAGGCUGGCGAACACGAAUAAGGCCGGUUGGUUGGACAGUAGGCGUACGAAUUAUUUCAUGUUAAGCCAAUGCGAUACGGGGUGGAGCGUUUUUGGAGGUAGUGACGCGGCAUUCCACUGGAUGGGGAGUCGAUCUCGGUGUUGGCAGGCUGUUCCAGGCUGGGCCCGCAGGCUCAGAGAAAAAAGUGUUUCUCCAGGUUCACAAGGAUCUUUUGCCUUGGCAAGGGGUUGGUUUAGGUCCAGGCAGUGAUUCUUACGAUGAUGACCAUCAUCAGAU